AUGAUGAAGCGAACAGGCGUCCGGCUGCCGGCCGACGAGCCCGCGCAGCUGCCGGUCACUCCACACAGCGGCGCGCAGAUUCAGCAGGCGGGCGUUAGCAACAUGCAUACACUGGCGCAAUCUGCCCAGCCACAAAUUAUUGGUGUAUCGUCGGCUGGCGGCGUGGGCGGCGUGGCGGGCGUGGGGGGUGGCGGCAUGGUGUCGGUGGGCGCGUUCGCGCGCACGCCGCGGCCCGCCGCGCCCGUCAUCAACUACCACCUGAAGACCGGCGUGCAGUACGCCGCGCACAAGCCGCCGCCCGCCCAGCCGCCGCGCCUCAAGUUGGCACACGCACCACCGCCUUUGGGGCGACAGUCCCCAGGCGCUGUGGGCGGCGUGGCAGGCGUGGUGGGCAGCGUAGCGAGCGUGGUGCCUGGCGUGGGCAACGUGGGCACUGUGGGUGGCGUGGCUGGCGUGGCGGGCGGCAUGGGAGCGAGUGUGGGCGUUAGCGUGCCGCCGCCCGGGCCCGGCGGGCCGCCCGCCGCACAGUUCCAGCGGCUUAAAGUGGAAGACGCGCUCUCCUACCUGGACCAGGUCAAAUACAAGUUCAACACUCAGCCUCAAGUCUACAAUGACUUCCUCGACAUUAUGAAGGAAUUCAAGAGUCAGACUAUCGACACCCCGGGCGUCAUCAAGAGAGUAUCAAACCUAUUCAAAGGUCACCCUGAACUAAUAGUUGGAUUCAACACUUUCCUUCCGCCUGGCUACAAGAUAGAAGUUCAAAGCAAUGGUCAGGUGUCGGUGUCGAUGCCGUCGCCAACCGGGCUGGGCAGCGGCGUGCUGCUGGGCGUGCAGCACGCGCCGCCGCAACCGCAGCUGCUGCAUCUCCUGCCGGUGCAGCAGUCGGUGAGCGGUGCUAUUGUGCACAACUUGUCUGUAAGCGCUCCACCAGCCAACACCCUGCAUCAUAUCUCGCAAGCCCACCAGCAAAUUGAGGCUGCCUCCAUACAUCACAGUCAAGGUGGCGCGGCGCACGCAGCUGCAGCGGGUCAGCCCGUCGAAUUCAACCACGCCAUUGAAUACGUUAACAAGAUCAAGUCGCGGUUCUCGCGGCAGCCAGACAAGUACAAGCGGUUUUUGGAGAUCCUGCACGCGUACCAGCGCGGCCACCGCGAUGUUAAGGAACCACAAGCCAGGCAGCAGACCGAGCAAGAAGUUUAUUCACAGGUGGCGAAGUUGUUUGAGAACCAGGAAGAUCUGCUGGCGGAGUUUGGGCAGUUCCUGCCGGAUGCGAAGGCUGUGACUAAGCCGCCGCACUACACGUCGCAUUCUCGCACACCGCCACCUCCGCAGCAGAAUGAGAGCGAGCGGUUCGUGGGUGGCGCGUCGCCGCCCCUGGCGCCGGGCGCGCCGCCGCCGCACGCGCCGCUCUCCGCGACACACGCGCCGCCCGCCCCGCACGCGCCGCACCACGCCGCCGCGCUGCCCGCCCCGCACGCGCUGCACCACGCACCCAUUUCAAAGCAUACUACUUCCGUGAGCGUUCCAACACCACCUCCUCAACAUCAUCACCUAAAGAGAUCGCCUAGUUUCACAUCCUCCAGUCAAAUAGCGUCUGGCGCUCCGCCUCCAAAGAAGGGCCGGUCAAUGACGGCGACGCCGCCGAGCGGAGGCGGCGGGGCGGGGGGCGGGACGGGCGGCGUGGCCGGGGCGGGCGGUGCGCUGCGCGACGUGUCGUACGCCGAGGCGGCCAAGCUGGCCACCGCGCAGGACUACAGCUUCUUCGACCGCGCAAGGAAAGCACUGCGUUCGCAGCACGUCUACGAUAACUUCCUCAGGUGCCUGUUGCUGUUCACAAAUGAGAUAAUAUCGUCAUCGGAGUUGCUGUCGGUGACAAGCCCAUUCCUGUGCCGGCACCCUGAGUUGCAGAAAUGGCUGCAGGAUUUUGUCGGCCCACCCUCGCCACCGCAUACGCCUACUACUGCGCCCCAACAUACUGCGGUGGGGUAUAUGGGUGUGGGCGGAACGGCGGGCACGGGCGGCGUGGGCAGCGUGGGCGCGGGCGGCCCUCUGCUGGGCUACACGCGCGAGCGCCUGAGCGACAGCAAGCGCUAUGAGCCUGGCGCGCAGCCGCGCAACGAGCGCGUGCAGGGCGACGCCGCCAUGGACAUAGAUCUGACAACGUGCAAGCGGCUGGGCACGUCGUACUGCGCACUGCCGCGCGACGCCGCCGCGCGCCGCUGCUCGGGCCGCACGCCGCUCUGCAAGGAGGUAUUGAAUGACACAUGGGUGUCUAUACCGACAUGGAGUGAAGAUUCAACAUUUGUCACAUCACGCAAGACCCAGUAUGAAGAAUAUAUAUAUAGAUGUGAAGAUGAGAGAUUUGAGCUGGACGUGGUGAUCGAGACGAAUGCGGCGACGAUCCGAGUGCUGGAGGGCGUACAGAAGAAGCUAUCUCGCAUGAGCGCCGAGGAGGCUGCCAAGUACCGUCUUGACGACUGCUUGGGCGGACACUCGCCCACCAUUCAUCAGCGCGCGCUGCGCCGCAUUUACGGUGAUAAGGUGGCUGUGGACAUCAUCGCAGGACUGAAAAAGAACCCCGCAGUAGCCGUGCCAGUCGUCUUAAGGCGGCUUAAAGCGAAGGAGGAAGAAUGGCGAGAAGCGCAAAAGGGCUUUAACAAGCAGUGGCGCGAGCAGAACGAGAAGUACUACCUGAAGUCGCUGGACCACCAGGGCAUCAACUUCAAGCAGAACGACCUGAAGGCCAUGCGGUCCAAGUCGCUGUUCAACGAGGUAGAGGCGGCCUUCGCCGCGCGCCGGCCGCCGCCGCACCUCGUCGUGGACUACGGCCUGCACUCGCGCCAAGAGGGCAUCAAGAUCCUGCGCGACGCGGCGGAGCUGCUGAUCCACCACGCGCGGCGGCAGACGGGCAUCCAGAAGGCGGAGAAGCGCCGCAUCAAGCAGCUGCUGCGCCACUUUCUGCCGGAUCUCUUCUCGCACCCGCGCCAGCCGCUCUCCGACGACGAGCGCGACGACGAAGAGAAAGAUGAGCCCGCGAGUCCAUGCAGCCCGGCUGGUGAGCAGGACGACAAGAAUAACACUAAUGUCAAACAGGAAAAACAGGAGUCUUCAGAGUCUGAUAAUGCAUCUGAUAAAAGCAGUAGGAACAACAAGAAUGAUAAGGAAAACAAGCCUAAGAAUAACAACAUGGAUAAUAAUAAAGACAGUACAAAUGCAAGCUUAAAAAGAAGCAGUAGUAAUGAGGAUCCUUUCAGUAUGAAGUCUGAACCUGAAGUGAAGACGGAGGACUUGGAGGAAGACUACAGAGAUUAUCCACCUAAUGAGAGGCGGUUCGUGUGCACGUCAUCGUGGUACCUGUUCCUGCGGCUGCACGGCGUGCUGUGCGCGCGGCUGGGCGCGGCGCGGCGCGCGGCGGCGGCGCUGGCGGCCGAGUGCGGCGCGAGUGGCGGGGCGGGCGGCGGGGCGGCGGCCGCGCUACGCCUGCGCCCCGGCAGCCUGGCGCCCGCCGCGCCACCCGCCGGCCAUUACCCCGCGCUGCUGGAGCUGGUGCGCGCCGUGCUGGACGGCAACACGGAGCCGGCCGCCUACGAAGACGCCGUGCGCGAGAUGCUCGGCAUCAAGGCUUACCCCGCCUACACGCUCGAUAAGAUCGUUUCCAUCGCCGUCAGACAGCUGCAACACUGCGCGUCGGAGCCGUGGUCUGUUCGCGCGGCGGAGAUGGCAGCUCGAGCGCUGCGUGGCGGGGCGGGCGGCGGCGCGGGCGGCGGCGCGUACGUGCGGCGCGCCGCCCGCUACCUGCGUCAGGACCACACCGCCUUCCUCGUGCGCCUGUACGGCGGAGACGAGUGCAGGGUGACGUUCGAGCUGCUGGAGGGCGGCGGCGAGGGCCGCAGCUCGCCGCACAACAACGACAGCUCCCGGCUCUCGCCUACCGCACAGGGGCGCAGUCGCGAGUGCAGCAGCACGCCGGUGUCGCGCGUGGCGGCCUGGUCGCUGUACGCGGAGCGCUACGCGCGGCCGGACACGGCGGGCGCGGGCGCGGGGGCGGGGGCAGCCGCGCGCCACAAGCCCGUGUUCCUUCGCCGCAACGCGCGCCGCGCCGGCGCCGCCGACACCGGCGCCACCGCCUGCAGCAGCGCUGCACCGCCACACGCACCCCCACACGCACCCAACGUGCGCCGCCGCAAGCCGCCGCGCCUGCACGACCAGUCCGAGUGCACGCUCGCUACAGGAAUACGGCUGGUGGGCGGGCGCGCGCACGUGGCGUACCGCGCGGGCAGCCUGGCGGCGGCGCGCGCCUCGCACGCGCGCCUGCACGCCGCGCGCCGCGCACGCUUCCGCGCCUGGCUGCGGCACCGCCAGCACCACAACCCGCAGUACCAGCUCCACCAGCCCGCCUAG